AUGCCUUUUUUAAAGAGGUGAAGACUUAUAAUCUAAAAUUUGCAAAGAGGGAAACAAUCCUGGUCAAGCAAAGCUUUAGUUAAGGUUCUACCUCAGUAAGCAGAUUCUUUUAAAUGUGAUUAAAUUGUAUUACCUCAUUGCCAUUAAUGAAAUUGGCAAAAAGUUCAUUAUCAUCUCUCUUGCUCCGAAAAAGAAUACAUAAAACAACCGAUCUGAGCAUUAAAUCUUGGUGGGUGUGAAAAGUUCGACCAGGUUUUUGUAUUGAAAUAAAGCAACCUUUUAAUUAAAAAUGCAAAAAAACAUCAAAAACCAGUAUAAAUUUGAUUAGGAGACCCAGUGAGGCUCAUAUGACUGCGUGUGAUGUAAGUGUCAGAACAGGGUCAGCUGAGGGCCGAGGAAAAGCUUUGGGGCUCAUAUCCAGAAAUCGAGGAUAAGUUUAAGUCUGAGGCACAAUCGGCUCCCUUGUUUAUAGAAAGUUCACGAAAAAUAAAACUUUAAUGUUCUUAACGAUGAGGUGCCAUUUUUUCCCCCCCUGUUUUUUCUUUAACUUAAGUGCAUUCGACUCUAAUUUUGUAGUCCUGCAAAAGUUGAAGAAACUUUUAAAUUUGUACAUCAAAGUUGAACCAAACUGUCAGGUCAUAAAGAUUUUUGAUGAACCAGAAACCUCGAAACGACUUUUGCAGCCAACUCACGAAUGCUGUUGCAAAAUGUCUUAAAGCAGCUUUAGAAAAAACAUAAUGGUUUUAUGUUUAGCAAGACUUUAUUAAAAGUCUUACAACCAAAAAACAAGUGAAGCAUCACAAAGAGGCAAGGCAAAAAUUAAAAUCCAUCAUGGAGCACAAUGUUGUCUGUGGUUUGACAACCAAACUCCCAGAACUAAAAUGCUGGCUAACCUUCUACCACAUAUAAAGAUAACUUUUUCCAUGACAAUUUAUUUAUUUUGUCCCAAACAAAAGAAUCGUGUUGCAUUUUUGCCACCACUGGCUGAAAUCUUUGUUUUUCUGUCUGCUUCCUUCUCGGCCAGGCUUCCAUCUGCGCACACAGAAUAAAAAACAGCAGCUUUAAAUCAUGUCUUAUGACUCCCUCCACUCUCGGGGAUAAUCAGUGACAUGUUGGACUCGUGAUAGCUAACUGGAUUUUCAAAUUCGGGGCGACAAAGAAUGGGUUUACAAACAAGACUAGCUGAAAAAGGCUAACCUCACUAAAAUAGGACCAUCCAGAAACUUGAAUCUAAAACGUUGCAAAGAUUUCUUCUUCCUUUCAGGUGAAAGUAUAUGUGGAUCAAUGCUUUUUUAGGCAGCAAAAGGAGAAGAUAGGAGUGUCCUGUCACAGGGGAUCAGACUUGAACCCCAGUACCAUUUGUACCCUCCAAUUAGCUACUUUUUGCCUUGAACCCUGCACUUUCAUAUUCUUUUUAAAUCUUUUGAAUUCCAUCAUUUGUUCUAUGCCCUUAAAAAAGUCUUCUAGGACAAAUUGUACUGUUAAAACUACGUUGAUGAUAACUAUCCCGUUUUAGGACCACAAAAGGUGAGCAAUAGUUUUCUUUGAAACUUCUAACAGACGGUUUAAAAAAAGACCCAGAAAAAUGCAGCAGUCCUUAUGGUUUCUGCGUGUGACUUUCAGGCCUGAAUAGUGUAAUUGUAGCAUCACUGGAACAAAUUAGUUGUGAUCUGGUUGUUGCAAGGAUGAGGGUCAGGGGAUCAAGACCAUGUGAUUCCAGUACAAAAAGAAUGAAUGUAUCAUGAGCCGCUAAUGUGGCCUGUAUUAGCUUUGAUGGCCAUUAAGAUUCAAUAGAAACAACACAAACUAAACCCUUCAAACCAGCAAAAACCUAUGCUAAAGCAUUGACACAUUAUCACAAAACAAAAGCCUUUUGAUCAAUAGAGUUAAUAGAAUUUCCUUUUUCCCCUGGUUACUUACAUCAGCACUUAUUAAAUUAUGCUUUCAACAAAAUUUCCUGCAUAUUUCGAUUUUUUUUCUCGGACAAACUGUGUACGCUGAAUUAAGCUCUUUUUGUUCCAAUAGCUUAUCUUAAGUCGUGUUAAUUUUCUUUUCUUUUAUAAUCUGAUCCUGCAAUGUGCAAUACUUGAGAGUUUUUGUUGGUUAGGGCUCAAAGGCAGCUCCUAAUGAGCCAGCAAGUUGAUGGCUGGAUUUUGGAUUUAAUUGUUGUGGUUAAUAAUUUCAAAUAAGAUGAAAUAACUGCAUCAUACCCUUCUGGAAAUCUGCUUUGUUUUGUUAUAAUGAACUAGGAAUCAAAUGCACUUUUUUACUAUUCUAUUUGUCAUCAGAAGAUCACAAAAAAGUGGAGAGUAGGAGAUUUAAGGCUUCUGAUGGGCUGCUUUCAUCAACUUGUAUUUUUCAGUUUUAAUUUUGAGGUAAAAUCUUUCUUAUAAUACUCAUUUCAACCAUAUGAGUUGCUUUCAGUCCAGUAAAUGGAGCAGAAUUUUGGACUGCAUUGCUUCCUGUUCCAUUUUACUUCUUUAAAGUUUCCAGAAGGUUGUUCUCGACCACUUUUCCCAAACUCACAACACUGCAGGCAACAAAUAAAAGGGCCGUUUGUUAGGAGCAAAAAAUGUCCUUAACGCUUUUAACAGGAGAAAACAGUUGUGGGGAAAAUAAAAAGCAACUCUGAUGAGUUUUUUCCCCUACAUCAAAACAUUGUGUUUAGAAAUAGAGAUUAGCUGCAAUUAGCAUUGGCUGACCUUGCCCCCAACAGCACACCAGGCACAUCCUAACAAUGUGCCACACAAAAGAAUGACUGCAUCCAAUUCUUUCAAUUAUGCAAAUUAGGUUAAAAUGAAAGUAGCUAGGGUGAAAACUUUCAAAUGAAAAGUUUGAGGGGCUCGAGAAGCAGGACGGCAGUGCUUUUAGGCAGACUCUCUGCUCCGUCUUCUCAUACAGGCUAAGAUCUUCCACACUGUGAACUGAACACAAAGAAGGGAGUUUCAACAAAUUGGGAGAUUAGGGGCCAGUUAUCAAAGUAGAUUUAUUGUGCCUUGUUCAAGCGAAGGAUGAAAAUACCCUAUGGGCAUGGAGAAGGGGGUCAUGGGACUCCCAAAAGGAUUACCUAGAACUGGAGUCAUGAGACUCAGUGAACAAAGACCUUGCUCACAUGCUCAUCAUAUUAACCGGCCCUCAUAAAGUGAAGAAGUUUCAUGUCCUCUGGGAUUCGGUAAGAGCACUUGACUGGGAGAGCAGCACCAGGAGAAGGCUCAGCCAGCGGAGCAGCAAACACCGACACUCAAGCUUUGACCUGCAGAGCCUGAAACAUGAAUGCAAUCAUUGCGCACAGCGAGCUUGGAUUGAGAGGACUUUCCUUAAAAGGGAAUGUAUUCAUAUAUUUCCUGGCAAGGAUCCAACCAGAUGUGCCUGCGGUCAGCUGGUCACCCAUCACCCAGCCAUCCCUCCUGGAGCCAGCUCUCUCGAGGAAGCAGCCCCCCUGGUGCAGAUCGACACCCCAAAUGACAAAUGGAGUUUGAUCAAGCACACCAGGACAUAUCCAACAGAUUCCUUUGGAAUCAUUGAAUUCCAAGGAGGAGGAUUCAUGAACAAGGCCAUGUACAUUCGGGUCUCAUACGACACCAAGCCCGACAACCUUCUGCAUCUGAUGGUGAAGGACUGGCAGCUGGAGCUCCCCACGUUGCUCAUCUCUGUGCAUGGAGGUCUACAGAACUUUGACCUCCAGCCAAAACUCAAGCAAGUGUUUGGCAAAGGCCUGAUCAAAGCGGCGGUCACCACAGGAGCCUGGAUCUUCACAGGCGGAGUCAACACGGGAGUGAUUCGCCAUGUUGGGGAUGCUUUGAAGGACCAUUCCUCAAAGUCACGAGGAAAAGUAUGUGCAAUAGGAAUCGCUCCAUGGGGCAUUUUGGAGAACAAAGAGGACCUCAUUGGGAAAGAUGUAACAAGACCUUGUCAGUCGAUGGCAAACCCACUGAGUAAGCUGGCAGUGCUCAACAACAGCCACUCCCACUUCAUCCUCACUGACAAUGGAACUUGUGGGAAGUAUGGCUCAGAGGUGAAACUCCGCCGGCUGUUGGAGAAGCAUAUCUCUCUGCAAAAGAUCAACACUCGUUUGGGUCAAGGGGUUCCAUUAGUUUGUCUAAUAGUGGAAGGAGGUCCCAACGUUAUCUCCAUCGCUUUGGAGAGCUUGAGGGACGAGCCUCCCAUCCCAGUGGUGAUAUGCGACGGCAGCGGCCGAGCUUCUGAUAUCAUAUCUUUUGCACAUAAAUUCUCAGAAGAUGGAGGCCUGGUAAAUGAUGACGUCAGAGACCAACUUUUGGUCACCAUCCAGAAGACAUUCAACUACAGCAAAAGCCAAUCGCAGCAAAUCCUCCUCAUGGUGAUGGAGUGCAUGAAGAAAAGGGAGCUGGUGAGUUGUAACGAAGACGUUCAAUCAUCACUCCCCUCAUAUGUGAGGUCAGCUUCCAUGUGUGGUCAGCAAGCUUGUCAAUCAAUAAAAUCUUUUGCGAUUCUAAAGCAUCUUGUCUCCAUUGUCAUUCAUUCAUUCAUUCAAUGCAUCUUUCUGUGUCUUCAUGAAACCUGAAUAAACAUGUUUUUU